AUGGUGAAGGAAGAAAAAUUGCAGUCAUUACCGAAAGGAGUAACUCUUCCUCCUCCGGAGGUGAGGAUCAUGAUAGAAAAGACAGCUGGAUAUGUGGCAAGAAAUGGAGUGGCUUUUGAGCAAAGGGUAAAAGCAAGAGAAGUAAAAAACGAUAAAUUCCAAUUCCUAUUAGACAAGGAUCCGUAUAAUGGAUAUUAUAGGCAUAUAUUGCAGCAGAUCAAGGAGGGAAAAUUUAAAGGAAGUAGAAAAAAUGAUAGUAAGGGCGAUAAGAAAGAUGGUGCUUCGGGCAACGAUGAGAAAGAUACCGAUUUCAUCAUGAACAUCAAACAAUUAAAAUAUUUACCGGGGGAGUUUGUGAGUAAGAUAUCACCUGUUGAUUUAGAGGUGAUAAAGUUAGUUGCCCGGUUUACUGCUGUGAAUGGUGAAAGAUUCCUAAUUUGGCUCAAAAAGCUAAGCAAGGGAAACAUCCAGCUAACAGCACAAACUGCUUUUUUAGAUGAGGGCCACUCGAUGCACAAAAUAUUCAACUUUUAUUUAGAGUGCUACAGGCGAAUAAUUACAUCACAAGAUGAAAUAAGAAGUUUGAUAGGUAAUUUUGACCAAACUAAGUUUUUGGAUCGAUGCUUUGCAAGAGCUGAGCACGAUAAGAAGGUUAAAUCUGACUUGAGUAAAGAGUUAAAGGAUGAGGAGCAGAAACGUCUUUAUUAUGCUUCAAUUGAUUGGCAGGACUUCAGUGUCGUACAGAAGAUUGAAUUCACAGAUUUGGACGAUGCAGCAGCAUUACCAGCUCCUCUUGAAAAGAGUGAGUUGGAAUUUAGAUCAUUGGUUCAGAAACGUGCUUCGACUAUGAUCGAGGAGGCACCACCUGACUAUGAUGCAGAGAAUAAUAAAGAGAUGUUGAAGUCGGAAAAUGUGAAAGCACGAGUUGUGGAUUCAGACAAUUCUGAUAAGAAAAUACACCGGCCAGUUCCUAAGGGGGUGAAAAUUCUUUCUGCAGGUGAAUCCAGACUAAAGAGGCAGAGAGAGAAAACCAAAGGAGACAGUGUUGAUCCGAUUACUGGGGAAAGACUUCUUCGUUGCCCACUUACAGGUAAGCUCAUCCCAGAGUCUAAGUUUGCCAAACAUAUUUCAAUACUUCUUUUGGAUCCAAGAUAUAAGGAAGAGAAGUCAAGAUACGAGGCUAAAUUCAAGUAUGCUCCAAACAUUUCAAAUGAACAAGUUUAUGAAAACAUUAAAUCCAUGAUGAAGGACAAGGAGCAGGAAGAUGGAGCGAACCCAUCUAAAAAAAGAAGAAAGGUGAUCUGGAAUGGAACUUUUAAUACAAUCGCCCAAACAAAGGCUGCUGCUGAAAGAGGCCGGGAUAAAGAAGAGGAGAAGAAGGCUGAAGCAGAGAGAAUUCAAAAGGAGCAUGAAAUUGGUCCCUAUUAA